AUGGGGGAUACUGGUAGUGAGCGCAGCAAACCCUUACCACCUCGGUGUCCAUGUGGAUUUUGGGGGUAAGAUGUCGCACAUAAUGUAUUGUGGAGAUGGUUUAUUGUAGUGUUAAUGGGGAUGGGAAUGAAUGUAGCCUAGGCUAAAGCCAUUGUUGUUAUGUUGGGCAUACCGGGUGGGGGUUGGGGCAAAUGUUUGAGUUACAAAACUGAUUCCUAUCUGAUUUUUUAGGUUUGGUCUUUUUAUCCUCUAUCCAUGAGUGUAGAUCUAUCAAAGCGUCGAAUCAUGUUCUGUGGUUCUGAACGUUUUAUGUUACGUUUUCUUGUUAUAAUCUGUUCAUCAUUCGCUCUAGUUAGGCAAUGUCUCCUUAAAUGGAAAUGUAUCCAGUCAUAGCUAUGAUAUCCUAACUGAAGAUGAAACGUUGACUUUGUAUCCAAUAUUUUAGACUGUAAUUGCUGUGUAACCACAUUAGUUAUCAAGUUACAGCACGUUCCUCCCUCACAUUCCAGUGAAGUUGUGAUUACAUACCGGAAAUGUUUCUUUAAUGUCAUUUAAUCGAGCCCAUUUUGGCAGAAAAUGUAACAUUAAAUCAUCUUUUGUGAAAUCGAGCGACCAACCAAAGUGUAUCGCCUACUAAGAUUAAAAAUGGGGGCUUUGUUUGAACUGGACAGUUCUUCCUGUAUGUGCAACUAUUGCCACGUUCAAAACAAUGGGGAACUCGGAAAUCUCCGACUUUACUGCGUUCAAAACAACUGGGAACUCGGAAAAAAACGAGCUCCCGACUGUUGAAAAAAACGUUUACGACUUGAGUUCCAGGUCGGAAACUCGGGCAUCUUUCUAGAGUUCCAUCUAAAAGAUCACUGACGUCAUGUCUUGAAAGCACCAUAAGUAGCAAUCAGAGGAGGACUCUGGGAUAUUAAUCCCUGGAUGAUUUUAUGUACUAAAACCCUGCCCUUCUUUCUUGUGCCAUGCUCUCUAACUAGUCACACUGAUCUUUAGGGUGUGUUGUGCGCAAACUGGGAAUUACUCACACCUGUCAAUGUCAGGUGACACAAUCGGAAGCAUGUUUACGGCUCUUAUGGUCAACACCUGGUUCGAGGCGUCUGAAGCUUGUCACAGUUUUUCCCUCUGAAGCCCUCCGGCUUUCUUUGUAGCCCUUCCCUGCUGUGUGUUCAAACUAUCUCUCUUUCUGAAUAUGCCUGAUUACAGCAGCUAGAGUCAGGAACAAACAUCCUCUUCAGUUUGAGGUCUCAUUAAACAUUUGGAGGGGAGUCUGUAUCUCGAGACUGCAGGAUAUAGGCUUCGCCUUUAGAAGUGGGCUACUUUCAAGAAAUCUGGGCUGAAUUUCCAACUCCUGUUUUUAGGUCAGUUGGUUCUUCUCUGGUAAAAUGGAGCCUGUGCAUAUUAAUGUGACUGAAUUCAAAGGAAUAUUAUUUUGAUAGUGAUGGACCAUUCUAGACUGAUAUUCUGUUUUGAUGAACAUGUUAGCUCAGUUGAAGCCCUUAUCGAGAUGGGGAGCGAAGGAGGACAUGACAUUAGGUUACAUUAAAGUGGGUAGGCAAACACAUCUUCAAUGUAGUGCAAGAAUUCAAGGAUUAGGCUAGCAUGGGGCUGGUCAGAAUGUUCAUCUAUGAUUGAGGCCUUUCUAUGGAUACUGCAAAUCCUCUUCUCAGUUCAGGUCCAGUUACUGUACCACUGAAUGACACGUGAUGUAGGGAGGAAAAGUCAAAUUGCAGUUAAGGUCAUGGUAGGACGAGUCCUAAAUGUAUCCCAGGUCAAUUAGAACACUGCAUUGGUCACAUUCCCUCCUGAGGGCACAAUGGGCUGAAUACCCUAUGGAGUUCCAGCCUUUCCCGUAUUGACAGGGCUCACACAGCCCUGAACAGAAACGUCCCAGCAUUAUGCAUUGUGACCUCCUAUUAAAGUGAGUGUCAGAGGUCCAGAAUGAGAACAACCAUUAGCCCACCACUGGAAACGUGAUGUCAUUGAGGAAAGGAUUGAAAGGAAAGCCUGAGAAAAUGGUGCAUGUUUAGUGGGAGAUGUAGAUUUGUUAGAUUUGAGUUGAACAGGUUUUUGAGGCUAUGUGGAAGGGUAUUCGGUUGUGUUCGUGGUCCCGUGUAGCUCAGUUGGUAGAGCAUGGCGCUUGCAACGCCAGGGUUGUGGGUUCGAUUCCCACGGGGGGCCAGUAUGAAAAAAAAGUAUGCACUCGCUAACUGUAAGUCGCUCUGGAUAAGAGCGUCUGCUAAAAGGACUAAAUCAUGGAGUUGAGUCUGCUAUGUCGUGAGUUAGCCUAUUACACAUCAUUAGGAUUGUGAGAGAAGUGAACCUCUGUCUGAUUUUAGACAUAUUUUUUCUGUCUAGGCCUAUAUUUUCUCUAGGCUAUUUCUGACCACAACAUUUUGUAAUGUAUACGUACAGUAAUGCAAAAAUGUGAUUGAUACACAAAGAGCUUCUGUAAUAGUUGUUAUCCAUGUUGAGUUGACUAGCCUACUUCAGUCAGUAAUGAACCCAUGUCAAUGGCGGUUGGUCACUUGUCCUAAAAGUCAAAGCCCCUGUCAGGAUAGGCUUCUUGGCAUAUUUGAUUAGCCUGGACUGAUUAGCUUGUUAACCAGUGAGAGGUAAUAUCAAAGGAAUGCAAUGGUGUAGGCCUAGCUAUCAUUUGUUGCUGUAAAAAUAUUGACUUUAUUGCUACCUUAUGCUCAUUCCCUUUUCAACUGUUUGCGACAACCUCUACCCCACCCCCGCCUUUGUUUGUUUCCCCCUUCUCUUCUUCCCUGCCAUGACUUUCUGUCAUCUUUCACCCCUGCCAUAUGUUUGUUUUCACUCACUUUCCGUAGCUAUGGCAACCUCAGAGCAGUCUGACUGUCUGGGUAUCAAAAAAGUGGUCAGGUUUGAGCGUCUCGAGAGCAAUUGAAAUGCAUUUAAAUUGUGUUUUUGUGUGAUUUUGUUGCAAAUAAGAGGGACUGAUUGCAUUGACCGAAGUGUGUCUAGUGAGCCUUUAUCCUGUUUGGCCAUCUCUCCACCUUGGUACCAUUCCUUUCUGGGACUGACUGACUUUUUUUUUUUUUCUCCCCAGGUCCAGUAAAACCAUGAACCUCUGCUCAAAAUGUUUUGCUGGUAAGUCUUGCCGUUCCUUGCGCAAGCCAAUUAAAUUCCCAUAUGUGUGGAGGACAAUGGGUUUCUGUUAUGUGGCAGAGCCCUGUGUGUACCUGAGACAUCAGAAGGGGGUGUGCGGCCUGGUGCAGAUUACUGCCUGUCAUGUGAUGUCUCUGCUGUAUGGAAAUGCCGUUUUAUUUUACACCUCGAUUAGCUUACAUUUAUUGGUAUGUUAGAUAUAUUUUGUAGAAGUAAUGUACUUUCCUUUAUGGUAAAAAAAAUCCAUGUGAAAUAUUCCAAAGGCAUGCAGUAAAAAUACUAGGCUAUUUACAGAAUCCAAAAAGGGCCUAAACCCUAUUUACAGAUGGACUUCUCACUGACAUAAUAGCUAUCUCAAGAAUAAGACUGGUGUCAGGAAAAAUAUUUGCUCAGGUCUGAUCUCAUGCUUUGCUGUAUGUCGGGGUGUUGGCUCUCAAUACUCCUGUGGUAAAAGAUUGCAGCUGUAAAAUGGAGAUUGUGACUGAAGUUUUGAGAUGGGCUUCUGUAGUCCUUUUCAGCAGCAACAUUGCCUAGAAUAGAUUCAAUACACAAGAGCACAGUGACAGCAGAAAUGGGUUCUAUAGAGGAUUAAGAUAAAGCCCAACUGCUUUUUGACUUGUGCAGCCCUCUGGGUUUGUGGAGUUGAUGGAUAGACUCCCUGGUAGCCUAAAAUGGGGUCAUGCUCAGGGCUGUUGCGGUGACCGUAUUACCGCCACACCGACGGUCACGAGACAUGAAGGCAGUCAAAUUCCACGUGACCGUUUAGUCACAGUAAUUAGGCUUCUCCAAGCUCUGAUGCUGCUGCUUGUCAUUAGUAGCCUACCAAACGUGCUAACUGCCUGGUACUCAGCACUAUUGUCCCUCUAAUCACUCUGACAUCAAUGAAAAUGUUUUGAAAAUCGAAUCAGACACUUCAUGAGAGCUUAUGUUGUGAAACAUUUCUAUAGGCUAUGCAAUUGCAUGAGAAAACAGAGGUAUGGCCUCUAAAUAGAGGAGGAUCUCUUCAGCUUUCAAUAGGCUAGGCCUACUAUAUUGAUUUAUUUUUCAGCUUUCCUAAUAUUUAGCACAUUGCUUAUCUUAGCAUAGCCUACCUGGCUGGCAUGAAAAUGAAUCACAGGAAAAGCGUCCUCCAUCCGCUAUUUAAGUGCAUAGAUGACAUGUAUUUUUUCCCGCUGCCCCUGUUUCGAGACGGGUGCAUGAUAAUGGUCCAUUCUGAAUCAAAACAAAUUUCACACCUAUAUUAUUUAGUAUAUGCAAAGAUGAAAUCAAGAAUAGUCUGAUGAGUGACAAUAUUAGCCUAUCACUUGUGAAUUAUAUAUUAUCACUUACAUAUGCAACUUUUUCAGAUCAUGGUCGCACACCUCGUGUUGCCUAGCCCAUAGGCCUAUUUGUUUUGAUAAGGUUUGUAACUAAAGUGUCCAAAUAACUUCUUAAAAUUAAGCACAUUCAUCCGCUUUACAAGGGGUUUAGAGCCUAACUGGCAUACAUAAGCAGCACGUGAGUUUCAAGUUUGGGGAAGAUAAUGUUCACCAUAAAAAUGCACCUUUUAUAAUAAAAGCAUUACAUGCAUAAUGGCAUUUGCGGUCACUUUUGAUAAUGGUGUUUUCCCGCUAAUGGAACAUUCCCAUUAAUAGCCUACUGCCAUGUGCGCAUUGCUGCGCUUAUAAUGUCAAUAAAUGUAUUUCUCGCACAGAAUAGAAUAGGUCAACUUUUAUACUAUGGGGGAUAGUAGAUUGACAUAGGCUAGUGCUUUUGCUGUUCGUUAGGCCUACUCAUCUUGUUGGCUGACAGAAAGUAAAUGUGGACAUUUCUUUCAAUAUGCACCUCAGAAUUGGAUAAGGACGCGCGCAGUUGCGUCCCUGAUGUGUCUGUCUUCACUUGUAGCCUGUGAGAUAGACCGAUCACGUGAUGGAGAGCACGCAGCACUCAGUGAGUGCUUCGGAGCGCGCAUUCAGGGAGAAGGGCACAACAAAGGCAUGGAUUUUCUUAGGGUGCAUUAUGGCCACAAAUUGAAAUUCGAGGCAUCAGCAAGUGCUUGUCAAAUUGUGAAUGAGAGAAUAAUGAAGUGUGUACAGCCUGCGCAAAAAACAAAGCAAAGCUCAUGCCUUUCAAGCGACUUAAAAUGCAGCCUUAAAAUGUAUAGAAAAUCAAAACAUAUAUAGCCCAACGUUUGUAGAACAACUGAAGUUACAUUAACUCUAAAUUAAGCAUAUAGGAGUACCUAUUUCUUUGUUAACCGCUCAACACAGAAUAGCCGCAUAUGUGCACUCACGCAAAUCGUUUGGAGAAAUUAUUUCUAUUUUAUUCAGCUUUGUUCAAUUGUAUUCUUCAUACUAUAAAAUAAUGCUGUGGAAUUUUAAGCAAAUCUUGUCUGCUAAAUGAACUAGUGUAGCCCACAGCCAUUUGGCAUAGCCAGAUCAGUACCUAACAUGAGGACAACUCAGAGUAUGCUAUUCUGUUCUUAAAUGGACUACUUUUUCAUCAUAUCAUGCUUCUUCUGUCUAAAAUAAAUAAUGGAUUUAUUGUGAAGGUGUAGGCUAUAUUACAUGGAUUUAUUAGACUUUUUAAAAUGUAGAUGUUCCAAAGGUCUGCAUCAGUGGCUUGUAGGCUAUGUGUGGAAGUCAGGAGAUGCUAAAUGUGUUUGUUAAUUAACAGUCAAUUACAGUGCGACCGACAGUUAUUUGCUUGACAAUCACCGGCUGAUGGAAUUGUGUGACCGCCACAGCCCUAAUCAUGCUGAAGGGUCAUUCUGAGGGAUUGACCUCCUCUCAGGCCAGACUAUCUGGGAUUCUGAAUUAUUAUAAUAAUAAUAAUAAUAAUAAUAAUAAUAAUAAUAUGGCAUUUAGCAGACGCUUUUAUCCAAAGCGACUUACAGUCAUGCGUGCAUACAUUAUUUUUAUUUUUAUUUUUUUGUGUAUGGGUGGUCCCGGGGAUCGAACCCACUACCUUGGCGUUACAAGCGCCGUGCUCUACCAGCUGAGCUACAGAGGACCACGUAUGUUCUGGGGAGAGGAAAUGGUGACGCAUGCCCCCACAUGUGUAUGUUUGUAUGUACUAAUGCUCUGAAGCAGCUGGUCUGUUAAGAGCCAAUGUACUGUAUGUGGUGCUGGGGGCACUAAAAAGCAUUAUUUCAUCGUUCUUUCAGAUAUCGAGCAGAAGCAGACAGACGAGGACUGCACCUCAAAGCCCAGCCCGAGCACUGGCAGUAGCCAAUCGGCUGUCUUCAGUGGCGAGACGAGCAGCAACGGUAGCCAAUCCCUAUCGUCGUCACCACCCACUAGCUCCGAGCAGCCGUCGGUGUCAACCGAAGACCCUGUCCCCACAUUAUCACCUACACAGGAGGGUAAGAAGGGGGGUCCACAACUUAGAGUUUUGAGGUGGCGCACAUUCUGAAACUUUUGAAUGAUUUACCAUAGCUGAGAUCAUUGUCAGUCAUGCAAUCACACAAAGUCCUAACUAAAUCUCAUCAGACUGGACCCUCACUCUUCAGCAUUUUCAAUCUAUAUGGUUUAUACAGUGCAUUUGGAAAGUAUUCAGACCCCUUCCCUUUUUUCACAGUUUGUUACAUUACAGCCUUAUUCUAAAAUGGACACAAUACCCCAUAAUGAGAAAGCGAAAAUAGGUUUUUAGAAAUGUUUGGACAUUUGUACAAAAUAUACAGAUACCUUAUUUACCUAAGUAUUCAGACCCUUUGCUAUGAGACUCUAAAUUGAGCUCAGGUGCAUCCUGUUUCCAUUGAUCAUCCUUGAGAUGUUUCUACAAUUUUAUUGGAGUCCACCUUUGGUAAAUUAAAUUGAUUGGACAUGAUUUGGAAAGGCACACACCUGUCUAUAUAAGUUCCCACAGUUGACAGUGCAUGUCAGAGCAAAAACCAAGUGAUGAGGUCGAAGGAAUUGUCUGUAGAGCUCCGAGACAGGAUUGUGUCAAGGCACAGAUCUAGGGAAGGGUACCAAAACAUUUCUGCAGCAUUGAAGGUCACCAAGAACAGUGGCCUCCAUCAUUCUUAAAUGGAAGAAGUUUGGAACCACCAAGAUUCUUCCUACAGCUGGCCGCCCGGCCAAACUGAGCAAUCGUGGGAGAAGGGCCUUGGUCAGGGAGGUGACCAAUAACCCAAUGGUCACUCUGACAGAGCUUCAGAGUUCUUCUGUAGAGAUGGGAGAACCUUCCAGAAGGACAACCAUCUCUGCAGCACUCCACCAAUCAGGCCUUUAUGGUAGUGGCCAGACGGAAGCCACUCCUCAGUAAAAGGCACAUGACAGCCCGCUUGGAGUUUGCCAAAAGGCACCUAACGGACUCUCAGACCAUGAGAAACAAGAUCCUCUGGUCUGAUGAAACCAAGAUUGAACUCUUUGGCCUGAAUGCCAAGUGUCACUUCUGGAGGAAACCUGGCACCAUCCCUACAGUGAAGCAUGGUGGUGGCAGCAUCAUGUUGUGGGGAUGUUUUUCAGCGGCAGGGACUGGGAGACUAUUCAGGAUCGAGGGAACGAUGAACGGAGCAAAGUACAGAGAGAUCCUUGAUGAAAACCUGCUCCAGAGCACUCAGGACCUCAGACUGGGGCGAAGGUUCACCUUCCUACAGGACAACAACCCUAAGCACACAGCCAAGACAACGCAUGAGUGGCUUAAGAACAAGUCUCUGAAUGUCCUUGAGUGGCCCAGCCAGAGCCCAGACUUGAACCCGAUCGAACAUCUGGAGAGACCUGAAAACGGCUGUGCAGCGACGCUCCCCAUCCAACCUGACAGAGCUUGAGAGGAUCUGCAGAGAAGAAUGGGAGAAACUCCCCAAAUACAGGUUUGUCAAGCUUGUAGCGUCAUACCCAAGAAGACUCUGAUGUAAUCGCUGCCAAAGGUGCUUCAACAAAGUUCAGAGUAAAGGGUCUGAAUACUUAUGUAAAUGAGAUAUUUCCGUUUGUUAUUUGUAAUUUAAUCAUUUUUAGAAUAAGGUUGUAACGUAACAAAGUGGAAAAAGUCAAGGGGUCUGAAUACUUUCCGAAUGCACUGUAUAUGCAUCUUCAGUCUAUAUGGUCAAACACUUAUCAAAUGCCUUAUCUCUUAGUAUUAGAUGUCAAUAAGGAAGAAAGGAGAGUGCACGUUUUAGUCCACAUACACUCACCUCCAUAUUUCAUUGGACGGUGAAGCUAAAAUGUAUAAAUUUGGCUCUGUGCUAUAGCAUUUUGGAUUUGAGAUCAAAUGUUAAAUAUAAGGCGACAGUAUAGGAUGUCAAUUUUUUUUGGGGGGGUAUUUUCAUACAUGUCUGUUUUCACCAUUUAAAUUGAAAGAACUUUAUGUAUCUAGUCCCGAUAUUUGGAGAAGUCAUAAGUAUUUGAACAAAUUCACUGAUGGUGUAUUAAAGUAGUAAGAAAUGUAGUAUUUGGUCCCAUAUUACUAGCACGCAGCGAUUUUUCAGCUGGUGGGUCGCGACAUUUAUUAUUUUGACUGACACUUGCAACCCAUUCAAAACCUCCCGCGACCCACCAGUUGGUUUUGAAUGAGUUGCGAGUGUCUAAGUAAAAAUAAUACGUUUUUUUUUUUUUUUUUUCAUAUAAAUGAAGAAUACUCUAGUCUGAACUUAAAUGACUAAAACCAGGUAGCAAGUGUGUAGAAAUGAUUAUGAACCUAUAUUUUUAAAUAAUUUAAGCUCUGUACUAUUCUUCAAUCACAGUAUGUUCAAUAUAGUUAUUAGUAGUCCUAUUUAGCGGAUUUGGUUGAUUUUGUUGUCUCACCAGUGAGCUUAACAUUCUUCAUCAAGAAUAUGGGCAAAAUUGAAUUUUUGACAAUGAAAAAGGUGGGACUGUUGUGUUUCGGAUUAUGUUUUGCCCAAUAGGAACUGAACAGCGAAUAAUGUAUUGUCAUUUAGUAGCCAAUUUGAUUGUAAAUAAGAAUAAAAUGUUUCUGAACACUUCUACAUUAAUGUGGAUGCUAACAUGAUUACAAAUAAUCAUGAAUGAAUCAUGAAUAAUGAUGACAAUACCUCCUCAAAUGCUAACCUCUCACCUAGGACUGAGCAAUGUCAAAUUAAUUUGAAUGUGUGUUUUAGCACAAUAUUCCAAAUCCCUGUAUCAGAAAAUCAAGUUUAUUUUUUUGUUGUAUUUUUUAUGAGAGUUUAAGUCCGCUUGUUCUCAUGUUGCCUUUUUGGUCUUGUGUUACUCGCUCCAUUCUGUGCUGUGUGCACAUUCCCAUAUACUCUGGGAAGGCUAUACGGACACGCCUGGUGCCCACAUUGAUGGCGUAUGUCGUGCAGUGAGAGUCGAGUGGAGACUAACAAAUUUUGUUCAGUCAGUCGCCCUUCCCAGCUAGCUAGUUUAUGCUUGUGGCUAGAAACUUAUACUACAAGUUAUUUAUCCCUCGCCCAUUGAAAUAAACAUCAGUUUAUUUGACAGGUUUUAACUAGUGUCAUGCUGCUGAUGUUGCCAGCUAGCCAGUAUGAACUAGUUAGCUGGGAAGGACUCAUCAGGAUGACUGACUGAACUGAAUCCAUUCCUCUCUACGCUUGUCUCUCGGCUGCGCGACAUGGGUCAUCAAUUUGGGCACCAGGCGUGUCCGUAUAGCCUUUCCCCAUUUACUUACACACACCAAGCCCCUCCCCCUGUCACUCACAACAAGAAGAUGAGCGGUUUUAACUCGCUAUUUACUUUUGAGGCUCGGUCCAACCGACUCAGUCAUAUCGACACAGACAUUUAGACAUUAUUUUACUGUAAUAGAGGAGUAGUUAACCUUUCUAACGAUACACUUUUUAUGUCUCAACUCCUCAAAUUGUGCGCAGAGCAGACACUACUAAAACAGGAGUAUCAAUUAACAUGGAUUCUGGAAAAUGUAUGCUCAGUUUGUCGCGCCCGGUAUCAUUUUAGCCAAAAACAUAUACUAGCUGUCUAGUCUGUUUUUAUAAAUGUGCAAUAAGCAUAAAACAUAAUUAUAUAAGUAAAUGGCAACUCGUUCUCAUUCUGAGAAAUAAGCUAAGCCACUUGAUUUCAACAUCUAAACAAAGUGGGCAGGCUAGCAUGCUGUUCAAACAGUUGGAGAUGAACAGAAGGGUGUGUUCAUAACAAUUCAACUGUUCUGCCUUGUUAGCUAGCAAAUAGGUCCAAGUUGGCUAAACUUGAAAUAUAAAGAUUAGCUGACUACUCACUAGCAUGUGGGCUUGUGCUUGAGGGAUUGUUUGAGACCUGUGGUCAUUUUCUAUUAUGCCUGCUACAAGAAGUUAGUCAUUAUUAGUGAAUUAAUGUGCAUUAUGCAUGCAUGUUUCUGGUUAAAUUGUUUACAAAAAAGGCAUUUUCAUAGACAGACAUGAAAGCCAGAGAUCAGUGAUUUAUUGCAAAAAAGCAGGUUAAACAAUUUUGAUAAAAUUUAAAUUUAUUAAUGGGUCUUAUGGUUGUGGUAGAGUUAUAUUUAGCCUAGGUAUAAUUUCACAAGCCCUGAAUUAGAGUAUUGACCUUUUUAAUUGUACAACAAAGCUUAUUUCGAGAGAACCUAAAAUAAAAUAUAUUGUGAAUCGCCCUUAAGGGCGGCAGGGAGCAUAGCAGUUAGAGCGUUGGGCCAGUAACUAAAAGGUUACUGGUUUGAAUCUCCAAGCCGAUAAGGCUCUGCCGAUGUGCCCUUGAGCAAGGCACUUAACCCUAAUUGCUCCUGUAAGUCGAUCUGGAUAAGACUGUCUGCUAAAUGAUUAAAAUGUUUGAAAGAAAUCGAUUGGGGGGGGUUAUGAUCUUUGUGCCUCUAACGUUCUCACUCAUCAUUUUUCAUAAUUGAUUCAUAAUUAUCCGUAAUCAUGGUAGCAUCCACAUUAAUAUAAAAGUGUUAACGAAACAUCUAUUUUUAUUUACAAUAAAACUGACUCCAAAAUGACAUAAUACGUUACUCCCCAUUCAGUUACUAUUGGGCAAAACAUAAUCUGAAACACAACCAAAACAAACUGCAAAUGCAUCCCCAAAAACCUUUGACUACUUUAAUACACUAAGUGAAUUUGUCCAAAUACUUAAGACUUCUUCAAAUGGGGGGACUAGAUGUAUAUAGUUCUUUCACUUCUAAACGGUAAAACAGAUAUGGCCAUAAUAUGAUAUCACGGUAUUUUUUGACGGUAUGAUGGUAUUUGACAGUAUUUUAUGUUUUUUAAUAAUAAAAGGUAUACAUUUGCUUUGAGUAGUGCGUGACCCUAGGGUGGCAACACAUACUGUAACUUCUAAGUGAUUUAAGUGGGGCUUUCUCCAUUCUGAUUGUUUUAUACUGUUCAAUUCAACUUUAAUCGAACAUUUUCAUAAAUUUGUGCAUUUCCUGCACUCAUUUGAGAUUAUUUCCACACUCCCACGUAGGGCUGAACGAUAUAUGGGCGAAAAAUCGAGGCAUUAUUUUUAACUAAAUGUUGCAAUUGUGAUUUGACUUGUGAUAUAGAUCAAAACACUUGGGGGAACUGUUGGAAUCAUACAUGUUUAUUCUAAUUCUAUAGUUAGAAUAUAAUAGUGGGCACUUUGAAUACAGUGUUUGACAUGACAACAGAUGAGUUGUUGUAGCAGGGUAGGAACCAAAGUGUUGGUCAGUGUUUCCUAGGGGACCAUAUAAUCUUUGGCUAGAUUAAAUGUUUUUUCAUGUAGCCAACAUAUUCAUGCUUCGCCUAUUCCUCUUUGAUUUAGAAGAUACUGUUGCACAAACAUGCUGAUUUAGGCCUACACAAUCACUGCUAUCAGGCUGUAUAGCUAGAUACGUUUGCUCCGACUCGUACAUAUAUUAGCUAGCUAGCUAGCUAGCUAGCUAACUUCGAUUUAGCAUUAGCGUAUAACACAAUUUAGCUAAAACUUGCUAAGGUUUAUAUUAAGAAGCAAAGUGGAAAUAACAUUGUUGUCAUAAACAUUGUUGCAUGUGCUGCAUUGACCAUGCAGACUGAACGCAAGUUUCUCGUGGUCAAGCAACAACAAAUGUGCUCCUUGAGUGACGGGGCUAGGUCUGUGUGGAAAGUGGCAUGGAGAAAGAUGGCAGAGAGGGAUGACUAAAGUAGCUGUGUAAACUAUUCAAUCACAUUUUAACAAACCAAACAUUCAAAUACCGUUUAUAGAAGGUAAAGUAAAAACCCAAACAGUGCAUCAAUACCGGUAUAUAGUAAAAUACAGUAUACCAACCAGCACUAAUGGAAAUACCCUCAAAUAAAAGGUGACAUUCCGUACUGUCUCCUCGUGGAACAUUUGAUCUCAAAUCCAAAAUGCUGGAGUAUAGACACAAUUGCAAACAUUUUCGCUUCGCUGUCAAAUAAGAUAUGGAGGGGAGUGUAUAUACCAUAUGUAUUUCAUGAAGUCAGUUGGCAGAGGUCUGCAAGGUUGGACUGAUAUGGUGACAGCCUGCUUCUAUUUCUACCUUGGGAGGAGUGGUGCUGUGUGUGUGUGUGUGUGUGUUUCACUCUGCUGGCAAUACAUUUACUAAGCCUGGCCCAGAUAGGAAUCAUAGUGGGGCAACAUGGUCACACUGACCAUCUUUUAAGACCUGCUUGGUUCUCCCAGGAUUUCACUUAAGAUCUCCAGUUUUCAACCAAUUGUAGUAUCUUGUUGCAUUUUUUGUAUUUUUUAGGGAUGUAACGAUUCACCAAUACGCAUCGGUCCCCGAUUUAAAAUGUUUAAGAUCCAAGUGCAUCGGUCCGUGGAACCAAAACCGAUCCAAAAAAAGCAUGCAUCGGUCAGAAAGUAGAUUCAAACAUAACGAAUCGGCGGUUCACUAAAAUGUUUUGCUCAUAUUACAUUCUUUCUACUUUCAGAAAAUAACUCCUAUUUUGUGACAACUGAAUUCCUCUCUCCUUCAGUGUCGAACUGCAUGUAACUGUGUUGACAGUGUUGACAUCUACAAGUCAUUUUGCAUGGCGAACAACCCCAGGCAAUAUCGGUAGCCUAGUUUUAAACUGAACACACUGCCCAGCUUCGCGCGCUGACCAACGUGAGGUAGGCGUCCUGUUCCUGAUCUUACACAUCUGCGCGGCACUUUCGGCAUUCAAAUGCUAAAAUCACUUGCAUGAUAUUAGGCUUUAUUAGUUGUGACAACCUAUGUAAUUUGCUAGGUUAUUGUUAUCUAUGUGCUGUUAAAAAGGGUGUUUUACAGGAAUAAAAGUAAUCUAUAGGAGACAACUCUCAUCUGGCUAUACCUGCAGAAUUGGGGCUUCCAAUAUAUUUUAUUUUUUGAUUUUUCAGGUUCACCAUCAGCAAUAGUUUUGGUAGUUUUGCUUUAAACAAUCAGUGUAUAUGAUAAUUUUUUUAUAUACAAGGUAAAGUUGAUAAUUUACUAACGAGGACAGCAAUAUCUUUUGCGAGGCGCACUGCAUGGCCGACGCGAGAGGACAAGAUCACUCCGUAAAGAACACUUCCGAACGGUCAAAACCAUUUGAUUUUGAGAUGGGGGGUGAAAUCCAAAUUGUGCUAUAUAUUCAUUGGCUAUGUCAUAGCUAAUUUUUAUACAAUAAAUAUUGAUACAUUACUAGCUCAAGCACUUAAUCUGCUAAAAUGACAAGUGAAUUAGUGGGUGAUAAUGAUUUCAAAACCAAAGUAUAGCCUUGUUUUAGUUUUUCUGUUACUAUUUCCUUUAUCAAAUAUUUGUCUUACUUUUUAACACUGUUGGGAAUGGGCUCGUAAGUAAGCAUUUCACUGUAAAGUCUACACCUGUUGUAUUCAGCGCAUGGGGCCAAUAAAAUGUUAUUUUAUUUAGACAAACACACACAAGUCAGCUCAGACCGAUCCAUCUUAGAGAGGCCCAUUUCAUGAGCUCCAUCAGCAGCAGAUUUUAAUUUAGAAUAAAAAAAGUAAUGUUUAUGCAACAAAUGUUUGUGCAUCGAAUCGAUUUGUUCUCUAAUCAAACUGAAUUGCACAGACUCGUUUCAAACUAAAAAUGUAUCGUUCCUGGAACGUAUCGGAGCCAAUGUAUCUAGAGACCUGUCGAAUCAUCUUGAAAGGGAAAUAUGCACAUCCCUAGUUAUUUUUUUAACCUCCAUGUUAAGAAUGUAAGUCAAGCGAUAUGUUGACAUAAAUAGACUUGGCAUGUCAGGAUUUGACAUGGAUUUGAGCUUAUCUGGUUGCAUAACACUGCCACAAGGUCUUAAGUCCUUCAAGGUUCUGGUAUUUUCUUUCUGGCUCCAAAACAUCUUGGUCUAGGUGACACACAUUUGGGCUCUUGAUCAAUGAGGAAUGAUUCCCUUGUCUUGCUCUUCCUCCUCCAGGAGUAUCGUCAUGCACAGAAACAGCCCAAGGCACCCUCUGUACACCCACAAAACGUCCUUGCGAAUCAGGUACAGCCAUGCUCCUGCUCUCUGUGUAUAUGUCCGUGCAAUAUUGUACGUCCCACGGUUACUCUGUAACCGCGUAACCUUCUGCCCUUUCAGCUUCAGGGUCGGAGAGUGAGGCGUCACCAGAGAAACGGGCACGGCGGGACUUGGAGGGGGAGGCGGCGAGCGAGGAGCCUAGCCGAGGGCCCAAGCAGAAAAACCGCCGGCGCUGCUAUCGCUGCCAAACCAAACUGGAGCUGGUACAGCAGGAACUGGGCUCCUGUCGCUGCGGUCAGUACUACAUGGGAACAGCGCAAACGCAUCUGAACACGUCUGCCCAUGGCUUCCAUGUGUCUCCUCACUGUAACAGAUUUUUACAUAAUCUAUUUUUCUCUGUCUCUUUGUUGUUUUCCGCCUCCCUCUUUCUCUCAUAUUUUCCCUCCGUCCUUUGUUUUGUCUUCUAGGCUACGUGUUCUGCAUGCUCCACCGUCUACCUGAGCAGCAUGACUGCCUGUUCGACCACCUGGGACGCGGCCGCGAGGAGGCCGUCCUCAAGAUGGUGAAGCUGGACCGCAAGGUGGGCCGCUCGUGCCAACGAAUCGGAGAAGAGUGCUCUUGA